GAAAAUGAAGCAACUUCGAACGCGACGCCGAACUCGCAGCGGGAGGACGUCACGAGCUCCCCCGCUAGCCUUUUUGCCCCGCAUAGAAGAGUGCGCAACAAUGCAUGAACCUGUGACCGAAAGCUCUAGAACCUCUUCAACGGUGCCUGUAGAGGAAGAGGAUACGCUUGCUCCUCCCAUCCGCACACUCUCAAGCUAUGAGCUUGACGCCAUGUCUGCGUACCAGGACUACAAAUUAUUGUUCAAAGAAGACCCGUUGAUGCAGAUGCCGACGCGCGAGCGAUACAACAGCGACUUAGCGGGCCUCGACAACCGUUCCGUGUCGGCUCAGUGCGCACCCAACUCGCGGUCGCGCGAUGAGGCCAAACAGCACUACAUCAGGAAAUUAGAAUAUUUCCAAGCAACGCUCAUGACGUGUGUGCUUGAAGGACGCCCCAUGGCACUGCCAGUGGACCGGCUGAGGCUGCCGGGACGGCGCGCACGCACCGCAGCCGAACGUGCGGCGCUGCGGCCACCGCCGCCGCCGGCGAAUGACGGUUCGGUGGCGCAGACCGGAGCCGGUGGUAGCAGCGGAACCAGCGGCGGCGGCACGCAGCCGCUAAUCGACAGCGGCCCACAACCUGAGGUCGGCACCAGCGGCGGCGGCACGCAGCCGCUAAUCGACAGCGGCCCACAACCUGAGGUCGGCACCAGCGGCGGCGGCAUGCAGCCGCUAUUUGACAGCUGCCGCGGCCCACAACCUGAGGUCGGCACCAGCGGCGGUGGCACGCAGCCGCUAAUUGACAGCUGCAGCGGCCCACAACCUGAGGUCGGCACCAGCGGCGGCGGCAUGCAGCCGCUAAUUGACAGCUGCAGCGGCCCACAACCUGAGGUCGGCACCAGCGGCGGUGGCACGCAGCCGCUAAUUGACAGCUGCAGCGGCCCACAACCUGAGGUCGGAACCAGCGGCGGCGGCAUGCAGCCGCUAAUUGACAGCUGCAGCGGCCCACAACCUGAGGUCGGCACCAGCGGCGGUGGCAUGCAGCCGCUAAUUGACAGCUGCAGCGGCCCACAACCUGAGGUCGGAACCAGCGGCGGUGGCAUGCAGCCGCUAAUUGACAGCUGCAGCGGCCCACAGCCUGAGGUUGGCACCAGCGGCGGUGGCAUGCAGCCGCUAAUUGACAGCUGCAGCGGCCCACAACCUGAGGUCGGAACCAGCGGCAGUGGCAUGCAGCCGCUAAUUGACAGCCGCAGCGGCCCACAACCUGAGAUCGGCAUCAGCGGCGGUGGCAUGCAGCCGCUAAUUGACAGCCGCAGCGGCCCACAACCUGAGAUCGGCAUCAGUGGCGGUGGCAUGCAGCCGCUAAUUGACAGCUGCAGCGGCCCACAACCUGAGGUCGGAACCAGCGGCGGUGGCAUGCAGCCGCUAAUUGACAGCUGCAGCGGCCCACAGCCUGAGGUUGGCACCAGCGGCGGUGGCAUGCAGCCGCUAAUUGACAGCUGCAGCGGCCCACAACCUGAGGUCGGCACCAGCGGCAGUGGCAUGCAGCCGCUAAUUGACAGCCGCAGCGGCCCACAACCUGAGAUCGGCAUCAGCGGCGGUGGCAUGCAGCCGCUAAUUGACAGCUGCAGCGGCCCACAACCUGAGGUCGGCACCAGCGGCGGUGGCACGCAGCCGCUAAUUGACAGCUGCAGCGGCCCACAACCUGAGGUCGGAACCAGCGGCGGCGGCAUGCAGCCGCUAAUUGACAGCUGCAGCGGCCCACAACCUGAGGUCGGCACCAGCGGCGGUGGCAUGCAGCCGCUAAUUGACAGCUGCAGCGGCCCACAACCUGAGGUCGGAACCAGCGGCGGUGGCAUGCAGCCGCUAAUUGACAGCUGCAGCGGCCCACAGCCUGAGGUUGGCACCAGCGGCGGUGGCAUGCAGCCGCUAAUUGACAGCUGCAGCGGCCCACAACCUGAGGUCGGCACCAGCGGCAGUGGCAUGCAGCCGCUAAUUGACAGCCGCAGCGGCCCACAACCUGAGAUCGGCAUCAGCGGCGGUGGCAUGCAGCCGCUAAUUGACAGCCGCAGCGGCCCACAACCUGAGAUCGGCAUCAGUGGCGGUGGCAUGCAGCCGCUAAUUGACAGCUGCAGCGGCCCACAACCUGAGGUCGGAACCAGCGGCGGUGGCAUGCAGCCGCUAAUUGACAGCUGCAGCGGCCCACAGCCUGAGGUUGGCACCAGCGGCGGUGGCAUGCAGCCGCUAAUUGACAGCUGCAGCGGCCCACAACCUGAGGUCGGCACCAGCGGCAGUGGCAUGCAGCCGCUAAUUGACAGCCGCAGCGGCCCACAACCUGAGAUCGGCAUCAGCGGCGGUGGCAUGCAGCCGCUAAUUGACAGCUGCAGCGGCCCACAACCUGAGGUCGGCACCAGCGGCGGUGGCACGCAGCCGCUAAUUGACAGCUGCAGUGGCGGUGUGGUCACCAGUGCCGGUGGCGGCGGCGGCGUGGCUGAGACUUGGCCAGUCACCGCAUCACAGCAGGCUGCAGCCGCCGCCACUUCAGGUGGCAGUAGCCACGGCGGCGGUCACGGCGGUGGCGGCGGUGGCGGGGGCGAAAGCAACAUGCAGGCUGCUGUGGGGUCUGCGAGAUCCGUUGAGCCGGAGGUGGGCGCCAGCGGUGCAAGUGGCAGCGCAGCGGUGCCGCCGCCGCUGCCGCCGCCGUUGCCGCCGACGCUGCCGCCGCCACAACCACCUUCCUCCUUCCGCGGGCGACUGCACAUGCUGUGCAGCUGCUUCAAACGCGGCUGAUAUGGCCCCAGAGCCGUGCGCGGGUUCCCAUAGCUUCUGCGUUGCCUAUGCUUCUCUCGCUGCGCAAUUCACGACUUCCACUCACACCACCUGACGGCGGGGGCGGGCAGCAACUCCUAGCUACACGCAGGUGCUGCCGGGCACACCGGGUGCGGACGUGACGGCGGUGACCGUGCGCCCCGCCUCCGGCUCCCUACCCGACACCGCCGCCCCCUCCGUCACACUCACCGUGUCGCCCAGCGCCGCCGCUGCUACAGCCGCAGCUGCCGCCGGCCAGGCGCAGCAGCUACUGCUGCGGGUGCUGGCCAAGGUGUACUACUGCCAGCAAAACGACGUGUGCCUGUUCGAGCAGAUCUGUUUCGAGGUGCCGCUGGUGCUGGGGGGAGCAGCCGGCGGGGCUGCUGGUGCGGGCAGCGCUGGGGCGACCUCCGGCGCCUCGCUGCGCUACGAGGUGGUGCCGGCGGCGCAGACGUCCUUCGUGCUGUAGUAGACACAUGGCGCAGGGCACGUGGCAGGGGUUUGCACUUUGCAGAGGGUGUGCAGGGGGUGGCAGGAUUCUGCCCCAAGGCGUCAAGCUUGCGCGUGUGCGUCCUCAUGUGUGUGUGACGAGGCAGGGCAAGGGGCGUGGCAGUCCUGAGAAACAUUUGAGAGUUCUGAAUUGUUUGUAGAUUCUAUGUCCGGCUGGCAGUGCGCGCUGGACUUCUAAUCUGUGCUGCUUAUGAGCGCUUGUUGGGAAAGCCGCAAAGGUGCUGCCGAAAUGGAGGAUGCAUUUGCAAUCAGUCGCAGGACGGCAGGAGCUGGUGGGUACAGGUACUGGUGUGUCAAGGAGCUGGGUCAGGCUGGGUUGGACACACCGCCGUGUAACACGAACGGACG